GCUGUCCUUGCGGGGACAAUGUGACUCGGCAUCUGCACCUCAAGUUUAAGUUUAUUUUAUUUCCUGGCUAUGUUACAAGGAAGAUCCGUGGUGCGUGAGCAAAGCAACAACAAAAGACAAACACAUCAACAUUGUAGAGAACCAGUAAAGGAUCAUUAAGGAAUAUUGCACAACUAGCAAACGGGCUAUUUAAUGGUCGUAAAUGAAACACGUGCGAAUGAAAAAGUGCAAAUGUAAGAGGCGCCAGAAAUGGCGAGGCGCAGGUGCAAGCAAGUGCUGCACUUUAGUCUAACAGUGACAUGAACACAUCGACAAGGCGGUGCAGACACGUGGGGGCAAGUGGUGCCAGGAAGAAAUGGCGAGGCGCAGGUGCAAGCAAGUGCUGCACUUUAGUCUAACAGUGACAUGAACACAUCGACAAGGCGGUGCAGACACGUGGGGGCAAGUGGUGCCAGGAAGAAAUGGCGAGGCGCAGGUGCAAGCAAGUGCUGCACUUUAGUCUAACAGUGACAUGAACACAUCGACAAGGCGGUGCAGACACGUGGGGGCAAGUGGUGCCAGGAAGAAAUGGCGAGGCGCAGGUGCAAGCAUGCUCUGUGUUGUGGGCAGUCGUCUGCAAGGCCGCCAUGUCACCACCGUGGCUGCCGCUGCUGCUGCUGUUGUGCGGCCUAGCCCCCGGCAUCGAGCCUGCCUCUACUGGAUCGCCCGCAGGAGCAGGCGGCUGCAUGGCGGGCUCCAAGAGCAAGCCGAGGCCCGGGCCUGAGCCGGGCCUGCACGCCUGUAGCCAGUACAACCAGAACGCGUGCUGCACGCCGGAGUCGGUGCGGCAGCUCUCCCGGUCCCCCGUGGUGCGUGUGGACGAGCUGCUGUGGGACCGCUGCGGGAACCUCACCCCCAGCUGCGAGUCGUUCCUCAAGCGGCUCGAGUGCUACUCCCGCUGCUCACCACUCGCGUCGCGCUGGGCUCACCGCGCUCACCCCAGCCUCCUCCACCACGUGCCCGUGUGCUCACACUUCUGCGACUCCUGGUUCGAUGCUUGCCGCGAGGACUUCACGUGCGUGCGCAACUGGAUCUAUGACUGGGACUGGAGCGUCGAAGGGAACUUCUGUCCCGGAGCCUGCGUGCCUUUUUCUCAGAUGUUCCGGGACGGACGCGAUUUGUGUGAGGGUUUCUGGGGCCUCGCCCUCCUCCCCGUAGCCCACGGAGUGGAGCCGUGCAUCUCUCCGGGCGACCGAGAGGGCGACAUCACCGCCACCGCCACUAUGGGGACGUCGACGGUCGUGGAACCCGCAGCCCCUCCGACGAGGGGCAACGCUGCGAACCGCGAUGUCGCACGCCGCGCCAAGCGCGCACUCUUCCAGGAAGAGGUGGAAGGCAGCGGCAGCGGCUUCUGAGAGAGCCGAACUCCCCAGGGGGGAAAUCCAGAAACUCUCCGAUGAGUUUUUUUUUGUUUCCGGGUGACACCGUGAAUUGUUCAGCAUGAUGUCCGACGGUUCGCCCUGCGUGCUGGGAGCUUUUUGAGGAAUUGAACUGAGUGGCUCACUUUUGCUUGAGAUUAUAUAACGUUGCUGGCUGUCGCUGGUAUUGCCAGUACUGGAUGAUGAUUGGGCUAGAAAUGGCAAAGCCUGCAGCAGCCGGCAAUGCUAAACAAUCGAGAGAGGGAAAAUGAGCUGCUCAGUGUAGUUCUUGAAAAAGGUCUCAGCACACGGUACUAAACGUCAGUCGUGCCGCACACGCGGCACAACUCGAAAAACACAUCGGAGAGCUGAACAGCACCACCGUGAAAACCUAGACGGUUGUGGAAAAUCUGUGGGCAGAUGCACACAAAUCCUUAAGUAAAGUUUUCCCUAGGUUCUCACUGAUUUGAAUUGCCAACUAAUAGUUCAAUAUUACUUAAGAUAUUUAAUUAAAAUGACCACUGGAAACACGUGUGCAGAACUGGGGAACUUUUUACGAAUAGGGCUUUUAAAUUAACCCUUGGUGGGCAAUCACAUUAGCACCUUCGCGUUUUCUGAUAGCACUGCAAAGAAGUGAAUGAGGCUCAGCUCACCUUUAACUCGCACUGAUGCAAUGCCAUGCCUGCUGCCCUCUCGCCAACACGUUGACCUUCACAUCUCCCUCUCGUAGCCGAUUAGUAACGCGUCGCAUGAUCGUGAGAGAUGAUAAUUGGUGGCGGAUUGGACAGGCCUUCAUGCAACAGUGGAUUCACCAUGUGAUGAUGGUGACCCGAUUAAUGUGAGCGGAGCGUUUAGCGCGCUGCGCUACAAGCCCAGCGACCCAAGUUUGAUUUACGCUCACGGCCAAUGACGAUUAUCUGAAUCGGUUCUUGGUCUCCCCUAGGUCGACUCAGCCUGAGGACUUGGUACGGUGUCUAAAGAUCGCUACUAGGAAGAUAAGCGUCCAGGCGUUGUGCUGGCCACCCACCCCCUCGCGUAUCGUGCCGGCCUUCAUAGGUGCUACUUGCUAACAGCACUUGUCCCAACAGUCUGUUAAGGCUACACGGGGGAUCUUUGUGGCUGAGAUGCUUGAAGUGAUGGAUUUUGUUUUGUAGGUUUUUUCGAAGGGGGUGAGGCCUCACGUGAUCCUGGGCUGAAUGAAAUGGCGUUGUGGGCCAUAUGAAAUGCGGUUAUGGGCCGUGUCUAGCCAAUGGGCUAUGUUUCUCUCCCUGCACUCAAAGCCGCAGAUCAUCAAACUGGGUCUCCCAGGAGGCAGUUUCCAGAAACGGAUUCUAAAACACAAUCUCAAGUACCUCUUUUUCAGAGUCUCGAUCUGCUCUGAAUAAGGGCCAUUACCCGAAACGUCACCUAUUAUAUACGUUUUUUUUAAGGCAGUGUUAUUCGUUACAAUUGCCAAAUCUCUGUGGUUUGUCAGUAAGGGGGAGGGGGGGGGUACACGGUCAGUACAAUCUCAAUUGAGAAACUGUAACGGUGAUUUUUCACAUUUGGCAAAUUUGGCCCAUUACGCCGACUUCACGGGAUAUUGAGCGUCUGCUGUGAAGCAGACAGAUUGUCAAGAUGCUCACCCUGAAUUCAAGCACCGCAAUCCACCACUGAGUCACCGUCAUAUCAAGACCCCAGUCCUGAGACGCAGUCUCUUGUAGACUGCUUCUCACGAAAAGUCUAAAACACAGUCUCGUUAUCUCCUGGAGUUGCGCCCUCCUGUGUCUCAACACCCCAAUCCUGAGACCCAGAGCUCAUCGAAUCAAGUCUCAAGCCAGAUCUUUCAACCUGGAUGCUGAAGUCCGGCCUCUUGGAGUCGAGUAUGAAACCCACUGAUUCAGAAACAGUGACCUCCAGUUGCCAUAAUCUGAUGAUGUUUAAUGGAAAGCUUUGUAUCAGCUUAAUAGUCCUUAUGCACAUGAGCUUGCAAUAUACCAGCAUUACAAUAAAACAGGUAUCGCUCAAUUUACGACAGGGAUGCGUUUUUCAAAAAACAAGCGGAAAACGAAAUUUCGUAAAUCGGAAAUUGAUUUUCCACGAAUUGAAUACGAACAUUUUAUUCCAACUCUAUGCCUCACCUAAAUAUAUACACCUAUAACAUUUUUCACAAGAGAAAAUAAUGAUAAAGAACAGAAAUUAUGAAACGAUUGAAUAAUUUUAAUAAAAAUAAUGAACCUUUUGAGGCAACUCUCCUGCAUGUUGGCAUGACUGACACGGUGGCGGCGUUGGCGCUGCACUGCAUGGACACCGUGACGCUGUCGAGGAUGGAUGAGGUCGCCUCCCCGCUGCUUCUUGCCCAAUGAUCUCGCGGUGCGUGCCGAAGUGAAAUUUCAUUAACGAGGAAAUUCGAUUUCAAUAAUCCAAAAGUGUCCAUAAUUUGUCAAUUGCAUUCACGCGAAAUUAGGUAAACCGAACGUUGAUGAAUCGAGGGAUACCUGUGCGCUCCUAUGGAUACAGCAGAAAGCCAAGCGAGCUCAUCCACGUGUGUGUUCACUCACAACGACGUUUCUUUGCCGUGCAUAACUCUAACAUACACCUCCCACGUUUAUUUAGAACAUCAAUUAUAUCACAAUUUAGGUACAAGACUGGCACAAUUGUGUCUGGUCCGCAAGGCUUUGCUAAAGACCACCGCGUCUUCAGAGAAUUGUGCUAGUGCUGCGUCUCUGAUGAUAAUUAUUAUUUUAAAAACAAUUACGUCUGAAGCGUCAUUGAGAAAUGCAAGCGGCUCUUGGACAGGACGCGAGGAGGGACGACGGACAACGGUCAGGAAUAAUAACGGAGCAGCAGCCGAGCAAUGGAAAGUGUCCAGGAGGACGCCACUGGGGAGAUAGAGCGACGAAAUCUGUUCACGUGCCAUGGGAUUGCUGCAUCAGGUGGGAUGGUGAGAGGCGGUGGUGGCGGUCUAGGCAGGCCUUCAUCCAACAGUGGAACCAUCGUAGCUGACCAUGACGACAAUGAUGAUGAUGGUGGUCAUGAUGAUGAUGGCAUAAAGGAGCAGGGUCUGGAUGAAAUGAUCCCAGGUGGAGUUGUGCGGUACCAUCUGCUAGGCCGCCGUUCUCCGACGUGAUGGAAUUUUCUUCAAACGGGGCGCAAUGUUUCAUCUCGUGAUACGACACCGAUGAUGACGCAAUUGGGAUAUAAUAAUUGUUCCAUCAGUUUUCGUGAAAAAUGUAUUUCAAAACUACUCGUACACAAUUGACUAUGCAUAAAUGGUCUUGACGAUGUCUUUAUAUUAAAUUGAAUGCUUUUACAGAUGCAGAUUAAUAUAUCACUCGAACCAUCCUUUCUAUUAAGGCUGCUUUACAUUGCAAUUAAAGACAUGCCAAUCUCUGA